CUCCCUGUCGAAUAUUCCACAUGCUCGCUCGCCCUCACUCUCUCUCUCUGCAAGCAAGCUGCAAACUCAGCCAUAUCGCCAAGCUCUCCUUCAAGAUUCCUCUCUCCUUCUAUUCAUCUCCAACCAAAGUGCCAUAUGUCCGAGGAAACCAUUACAACGCUUGUUCUGUCAGAUGAUUUAUAGUAGCCAUUGGACCCUUGACCAGAGCCACCAUGGGCAUCAGUCUGGUCAAAUUCUCUGGCUUGUUGGUCCUUCGCGUUCUACUUCUUUGUAUGGCAAUGAACAAAAGCAUUGGCCUCACCACUGAUGGUGAGGCACUUCUAAGCUUUAAGAUGGCAGUUGCCAGUUCUGAUGGGGUCAUCUUUCAGUGGAGACCAGAGGAUCCAAACCCAUGUAACUGGACGGGAGUGGUGUGCGAUUCAAAAACAAAGAGAGUAAUAUCACUGAAACUUGCAAGUCACAAACUGAGUGGGUUCAUUGCACCUGAACUUGGGAAGCUAGACCAAUUGAAGACCCUAGCUCUUUCUGACAACAAUUUAUAUGGAACAAUACCAUCAGAACUGGGAAAUUGCUCACAGUUGCAGGGAAUGUUCUUGCAAAGAAACUACCUAAGCGGAGUGAUUCCCAUUGAACUGGGAAACCUCUCUGAGUUGGAAAUAUUAGACGUUUCUAGCAACUCACUUAGUGGAAAUAUCCCAACGUCCCUUGGGAAUUUGGAUAAGCUCGCUAUUCUCAAUGUGUCAUCAAAUUUUUUAAUUGGACCAGUACCUUCUGAUGGUGUUCUUUCCAAGUUUUCAGAGACUUCCUUUGUUGGAAAUCGGGGCUUGUGCGGGAAACAAGUCAGUGUCACUUGCAAAGAAAAUAACACAGGAUCUGGAACAAAUUCCGAGUCCCCGAGCUCAGGCCAAAAUCAAAUAAGGAGGAAGUACUCUGGCCGGCUGCUCAUCAGUGCAUCAGCUACAGUGGGGGCACUACUACUUGUUGCUCUUAUGUGUUUCUGGGGUUGCUUUCUUUAUAAAAGAUUUGGCAAAAAUGACAAGAAAGGUCUUGCAAAGGAUGUCGGUGGAGGUGCAUCCAUUGUGAUGUUUCAUGGAGACUUACCAUACUCUUCAAAAGACAUCAUGAAGAAGUUGGAAACCUUGAAUGAGGAACACAUAAUUGGUUCUGGGGGUUUUGGAACAGUUUACAGGCUUGCAAUGGAUGAUGGCAAUGUUUUUGCUUUGAAAAAUAUUGUAAAGAUAAAUGAGGGGUUUGAUCAUUGUUUUGAGAGGGAACUUGAAAUUCUUGGAAGUUUAAAGCAUCGGUACCUUGUUAAUUUGCGAGGAUAUUGCAACUCUCCCACAUCAAAACUGUUGAUUUAUGAUUACCUAUCUGGGGGUAGCCUUGAUGAGGCCCUUCAUGAAAGAUCUGAGCAAUUAGAUUGGGAUACACGCUUGAAUAUUAUAUUGGGAGCAGCAAAAGGGCUUGCCUAUCUGCAUCAUGAUUGUUCACCCAGAAUCAUACAUCGAGAUAUAAAGUCAAGCAACAUUUUACUUGAUGGCAAUCUGGAUGCUCGAGUUUCUGACUUUGGACUUGCCAAGCUUCUGGAUGAUGAUAAAUCUCACAUUACAACCAUUGUUGCCGGAACAUUUGGUUAUUUGGCCCCCGAAUAUAUGCAAAGUGGUAGAGCAACUGAAAAGACCGAUGUAUAUAGUUUCGGAGUGCUGGUACUUGAAGUACUGAGCGGAAAAAGACCUACAGAUGCAUCAUUUAUUGAGAAAGGCCUGAACAUUGUUGGCUGGCUAAAUUUUCUCAUCACAGAGAAUAGGCAACGAGAAAUAGUUGAUUCACAAUGUGAAGGAGUGCAGACAGAAACUCUUGACGCAUUGCUCAGGCUUGCUAUUCAGUGUGUUUCUUCUAGUCCAGAUGACCGGCCAACCAUGCAUCGAGUAGUCCAGUUCUUUGAAUCCGAGGUUAUGACGCCAUGCCCAAGUGACUUUGAUGAUUCCAAUUCUGAUUAACAGCAAUUUUUUGAGAAGCACAAAGCAUGGUGGAGUUUGUUUCAUACUGCUAUUUUCUCAGAGAAAUAAUACCAACUUCCGGGCAUGGAGAAAGAAUCCCUAUGAGGUCAGCUCUCUCGAUUUCACUUGUAUUCUGCCUGCAAUUCUUUAGAUAAUUGGAAGCUGCUCUCUCCCAUUGGCAUCCAUCUGUGACUCUCUUAUGAGUAGUUUCAUCAAAUUCUUAAUGGUAUCCCCAUGGUUCCUUUUACUAUUUACUGAAGUUUUACUGUGCAUGAUUCUUGCGUACUCCCAAGUGAGAGAAAUUUCCACUUGUAAUUUCCACUUUUGCCUCAAUUGUAAUUCCUUCCUUCCUUCUAUCCUUAUUUUCUCGGUAUUGAUUGAAUAUGAGCAACUGUACAAAUCAAUUUGCUCUUGUCCAUCACUUUCCUUUUUGUUUCUUUGUAAAGUGUGAUUUUAUUUAAUGGAUCCACACAUUAUAUUGUGACUGUUUCUGUACAAGAACAAGUCUUGUAGUC